UCCGCCUGGCCGAGUGUACGACGUCGUGUUUGAUUCCUACGAUCCUUCGAACUUUACCCCUGCGCCAUCUCUGUCGUCUUUGUGCUUGAAAAAGAGAGGAUUCCGUCCUAGAUGUCCACACCAACUCAAUAGUCUCGUGAAUUCUGCCUGGAGGCCUUCUCAUCUUCUAUCCUCACUUAACCACCACCAUCGCCCUAUCACUUCAUCACCAUGGCCGGUCAUAAUCAGCAAUACCCCCUCCACCAAACCCACCAAAUCAGCCAACCCGGCCAAACCCAGCCAACGCGGUAUCCCCAGUACCAACCUCACUCUGAGCAGAUGCCCAAACCACAUCCAUACUUGCCGCCAGCCCUUCUCUCUUCAAUCGAAUCAUGGGCUCGAUCUCUGCCGAACCGGCCGCCAUCACAGGGUUCUCCAUCGGGAAUAUCGUCGACAGGAUCCGCAUCGACAGCGGGACCCGGGACAUCGUCCUCGCAAAGCUCACCGACGAUGCCUGUACCACCCCCAAGGCCACUUUCAACUUCAUCGGAUCCCGCGGUCCAGGCAUAUCUGGCAUUCAAGAUGUCGUUGUUGCAGCGUCAGGACGUUGCGUAACCUUCAGAUGCGGUAUCCACAGCAAGGCAUACCUUAUGAACUGCCAGAACGCUGCUAGCUUUGCCGAUGUUGGAUCCCGUUAUUGGAAGGAAUUUCAGACCGAUCGGUCCUCUCUCCCUCGCAAAGAUGCUGCGCGUGGGACGUUCGUUUCGGCGCAUUGCUAUCGACGAUACGCUUUCUCUCCUCGAGAGGAUGGUUCCAGGCCUUGCCUCACGUCCAUGCAAAGAUCGCCGGCCACUAAUAAGGAACUGAAGGGGCAAUAUAUUCCCAACCCGGAUCCGGCGAUCCAGUUUCAAUUAGACAGACUUGUCGUAUGUCGAAUUCGGACGUCCACGGCCGCCCUUUCCAUGACAUCACGACGACCCCGGACUAUACAUGGUUAAAUUUUCCAUCCUCCUCUGCCUUCCUCGGCGGUUCAUUCUGGAAACCACCACGAUUUGCCGAAGGACAAUGGAUCUGGGAUAUUCAUAUACUAAUUAUCAUGGCGCUGGUUGCUCAUUCUUCAUGUCCUCAACACCUCGUUGCUCUGUCCUUGUUGUAUGAUCAC